GUCAAAUCGCCCAGCAAGCCGCCGUCCAGGAUCGAGGCCACCGGCUGAUUCUCGAUCAAUUGGCCCAGCAACCCUCUCGAUUCCGAGCAUGGCCAGCAAGCUCUGCAGAAACAGGGCCCUGGCCUCCGCGCUGCGGCCGGCAAAGCCGUCGGUGGCCGCCCGCAGCGACGCCGCCGUGGUGCGGUGUUUCGCGACAACGGCCCGCGCCAGCGUCGCCGUGCCCAAGGACGUCCAGAACCCGCGCACCGCGCCCCGCGACCACGUCGGCACCCUCCAGGCACCGCUCGUCAACCCGGCCGACAAGUACCAGUCCAAGGCCGACAACCUGCACAAGUACGGCUCGUGGCUCAUGGGCUGUCUGCCCAAGUACAUCCAGCAGUUCAGCGUCUGGAAGGACGAGUUGACCAUCUACAUCUGCCCGUCCGGCGUCGUCCCGGUCCUUUCCUUUCUGAAGUACAACACCGCCGCCGAGUUCACUCAAUUGAGCGACAUCACUGCCGUCGACUUCCCAACCCGCGACCAGCGGUUCGAGAUCGUCUACAACCUGCUCAGCGUCCGCCACAAUGCGCGGAUCCGCGUCAAGACAUACGCCGACGAGGUCUCGCCGGUGCCCAGUGCCACCAGCGUCUAUGACGGCGCCAACUGGUACGAGCGCGAGGUGUACGACAUGUUCGGCGUGUUCUUCGUCGGCCACCCCGACCUGCGCCGCAUCAUGACGGACUACGGCUUCGAAGGCCACCCGCUGCGCAAGGAUUUCCCGCUCACGGGCUACACCGAGAUCCGCUACGACGAGGAGAAGAAGCGCAUCGUCACGGAGCCGCUCGAGCUCACGCAGGCGUUCCGCAAUUUUGAGGGGGGAUCGAGCGCGUGGGAGCAGGUCGGGCCUGGUGUGGACCGGACGCCCGAUACGUUCAAGCUUCCGACGCCGAAACCAGAGGAGAAGCCGGAGGAGAAGAAAUAGAGAUCACCAGGGGGCUAUGGCGAUGGGGAGUGAGGCAUUGUCUUUGAACCAACCUUCGAUCCAGGCGCAAACUGGACGUCGAAUCCAGCAUGAACAGCUUUGUCAACCCGCUCAAGUCAGCGCAUUCCCGGGAGGGGCCCUCCAUUGGCCAUUGC